AUGGCCGCAUCUUUGGAUCUUGUCAACCAAUCUUUUGUCAAUGAGCUCUCCAAAGGACCCCCACUAUAUGAGAAGACCCCAGCAGAAGCACGCCAAAUCCUCGAGGAUGUUCAGCAACACACCCCAGCACCUGAUAUCAUCCAAGAGGAGCUCGUUAUCCCCUACGAGUCCUAUAAUGUGAAGACAAUCAUCUUCAAACCGAAAGAUACCAGCGGUGACCUGUCUACUAUCUUCUAUACGCACGGAGGUGGCUGGAUUCUGGGAAGCCCCACUGUUCAUGGCUCUUUGAUGGAAGACCUUGCAAGACAGACUGGUGCAGCUGUAGUAUUUCCAUACUACAGUCCUGCCCCCGAGAAGCAGUAUCCAACUCAAUUCGAAGAGUCGUUCGCUGCGUUGAAGUACAUUGUUAAGAAUGGGAAGAACCAUCACUUGAAGACGGAUACCCUUGCACUGGCUGGUGAUAGUGUUGGCGGCCACAUGGCCAUCGCCGUGAUCCAACUAAUCCACACCCGCAACUUAUCCGUCAGCCUGUGCCAACUCAUACUCUUCUACCCGGUCACUGACACCGCAGAGAAAAGUGAAACAUAUAGAAUCUAUCAAGAUGGUCCUUACCUCACUGAACGCACGAUGGACUGGAUGAUUGGUGCCUUUCUACCAAACGAGGAAGAUAGACGCAAUGCGCUUUCUUCGCCGUUGAAGUAUGCAACAGACAAGGAGCUGUCUAGCUUCCCUCCAACUACUGUCUUCUUGUCUGGCGCUGACCCGCUUAUUGGAGAGGGUCGGGCGUUUGGGUUGAGGUUGCAGAAGGCUGGUGUUGAGACUGCUAUUUUGACGGCUGAUGGGCAGAUUCAUGAUUAUGUUAUGCUUGAGCCUAUUCGAGGGACUACUACGGCCAAAGCUGUUGUUGAGCUGGCUGCACUGCAUUUGAAGAAGGGACUGGUGUCCUUUCACCUUGAUGCAAAAUAG